UUCUGCAUUUUGCGACUCUUUGGUCACACUGUCGCGCUCUCUCGACAUGGUCUACUCCACGAACAUUCUGCUGGCCAUUGUCACCGUAUUGACCGCGGUGUUUAUCUGGUCCAGGCGCACCUAUGUCUAUUGGCAGCGACGUCGCGUCAAAUUUGUGCAGCCCACGCAUCUGCUGGGCAAUCUGAGCAAGGUGCUCAGACUGGAGGAAUCGUUUGCGCUGCAGCUGCGACGCUUCUACUUUGAUGAGCGAUUUCGCGAUGAGCCCGUUGUGGGCAUCUAUUUGUUUCAUCAGCCGGCGCUGCUAAUACGCGAUCUGCAGCUGGUGCGCACCGUGCUCAUCGAGGAUUUCGUGAGCUUCUCCAAUCGUUUCGCCAAAUGCGAUAUGCGCCAUGACAAGAUGGGCUCGCUCAAUCUCUUCUUCGCCAGACAGCCCGAAUGGCGUGAGAUACGCACACGGCUCUCGCCGGUGUUUACGGGCGCGAAGAUCAAGCAAAUGUUCUCGCUCAUGGAGGAGAUUGGCUGCGAUCUGGAAUGGUACCUGAAGCGUCUGACGCGCGAUCUGCGGCGUGGCGAUGCCGCACGCGGCGUUGUCGUCAGCAUCAAAGACGUAUGCGAUCUAUAUAAUACGGAUAUGAUAGCAUCGAUAGCGUUUGGUCUACGCUCAUACAGUUUGAGGAAUACGCAAUCGGAAAUCGGUUCACAUUGUCAGGAUAUCUUUAGGCCCAAUGUGCUGCGGACAAUUGAUUUUUUUAUGAUAUUCUUUUUGCCAAGGCUGGUGCCGUUGCUGCGCUCCAAGCUGUUCACCGAACCGCAUACGGAGUUUCUACGUCGGGUCAUACAGCUGGUGAUCGAGGAGCGCGAACGUGGCGGCGAUUUGCGCAAUGAUCUCAUUGAAAUGCUGUUGACGCUGAAAAAGGAGGCGGAUCUGCAGCAGGACAAGUCACACUUCACGCAUCAUCAAGACUUUCUGGCCGCACAGGCGGCAAGCUUUGAGGUUGCAGGCAUUGAGACCUGCUCCUCGACCAUGUCAUUUGCACUCUUCGAGCUGGCCAAGCAGCCGCUGAUACAGGAGCGACUGCGUCGCGAGAUACGACAGACAUUUGGCGAAUCAAAGGGACUGAGCUUUGAGCUCAUCGAUCGCAUGCAGUAUCUGGAGAUGGUGGUGGACGAGACGCUGCGCAAAUAUCCAAUUGUGCCGCUGCUGGAGCGCGAGUGUACGCCAAUUAAUAAGAAGCGUUUCUAUUCGCUCAGGCCACAUGCCGAAUGCUAUGCCAGGCGUGGCAUGCCCGUCUUCAUUUCCAAUCUGGCCAUACAUCAUGAUCCGAAGUACUGGCCCGAUCCCGAGCACUUCGAUCCGGAACGCUUCAAUGCUGAGAACAAGGCCAAACAGACGCCCAUGUCGUAUAUGCCAUUUGGCGCUGGGCCACAUAACUGCAUAGGACUGCAGAUUGGCCAGCUGCAGAUUAAACUUGGUCUCAUCUAUUUCUUGCGCCAGCAUCGCGUCGAGUUCUGCGAUCAGACCAUCGACCAUAUUAGCUUCGAUGCCAAAUUUGCGUUGCUCGCCAGCGAGCACAGCAUUUACCUCAAAGUUGUUGACUGUUUAUAAAGACGGCAGACGGCACGGGCAACUCAUGACCAACAACAACAACAGCAACAAAACCAUCACAGCCAUUAAACUCAGCUCCCCAUGCCUCACUCCCCGCCCCAAGUGGGCGUGCUGGGGGGUUUGGGACGUUGUACACAUUGUAAAUAGUUUGGCAUGCCUCAAAAUAAACUUUUUGCUACGUUUGAUCAUCUGUGUGCGUUUCUCUAUAUGCGUGUGCAAUGGAAUUGUUUAUAAU